AAAUUACGAAAUUACGAAUAAGUCACAUUUAUUCAAGUACACAGUCUAAACCACACCUCCUAUUAGAAUUCGAUAAAUAUUCCUAUAGAUUUCAUACGGCUCCGCUCCCAGUAUAUAACUAAUUUAUACCAUGCCUUGGACCACCGGAUUCAUUUGUGCCUGUUGUCCUACUAGCGUUGCGUCGUGAUUUCCUCCGUCAUGUGUGGGAUGCGCCUUGUGGUGUCCGCCAUGACUUCCAUCGUGAGCAUCCCCAGCUCUUCCGUGAGCAGUUCCGUGCGGUGGGUGGGCUUGAUCAUGCCUCGCAGGCCUUGCGGGUGCUUCUCUUGGAUGGCUUUUGCUCGACUGCUCAACAGAAAUUCUGUUAGUCAUGACCUCUCCUUUAAAAACAGUCGAUAUGAUAGGCACAAGUAUGCCGGAUACAUAUACUAUGUACGUGAUGUUAGGAAUACAUAUGUACUCACUCCGAAACACAUGAUGUCCGAUAAUUUGUGUUUCUUAAAUAUAUAAUUUGUUGUAUGGCUGAGUUGAAAUCGAUUACCGUCCGGGAGAGACGACAAGUUUAUAUCUAUCGAGCUCUAGGCCGACUAUGUCACAACAAAGCCUUCUAUCCGUCUCGACGUCACGUCAAAGCGAUGACGUAUUUAAUCGACACUCAACCUUGUGAUACCUAUGUAUGUCUCAGUUCCAUUAUUGAGGCGUUACAAGACUUAUACCCAAACGGCCGUGAAUAACCACAGGGUUUGUCUCACAGCCUCAACAUGGCGGCCGCUAGAUGUCGCCAAGUGAUAUGAUUACCCCUCAUUAGACAAGUCUCGUCAGAAAAUCGUUAUCCUCUUAGGUAGGCAAAAUACUGCGCCAGGCAACUUCAUAAAGAGUGCUAAUUGCUCAGAACUUGGCGAGAAGUUGUAUUGAAUAGCAAGACGAAUAUUUACGAGUACUGCACACAUGUUUAUAGAAAAGUCCAUCCCAAUAAAGUUAAGAAAGAAAGAG